CUUGUUUUGUUUUUUUUUUUUUAUUAUGAGUUCAAAUAACAUUAUUAAUAUGACUUACAAAUCUAGAUAGAGGAAGUAAUUUUGAGUAUUGUUUCCUUUGAUCUUUGUUUUGAUAUAAGUAUUUGUCGUCUUGUUUUUAAUUACUGAAGUUAAAAUAUAUAUGUCGUAUACGGGGUUGACUAAUGAUCCGCUAAGCUAUUUAAAAUAACAGAUAAGUUUAUUUGACGAUUGUUUGGUUGAGGCUUGUAUUUUUGUUCUUUUAUAAUAUUUGUUACUCCUAGUUUAAUACUUUUUGAUUGUACAUAGAUUUGUUUGCAUUAUAUUAUUAUUUAGUUUACUAUUAUUAGAUUAUAUUACAUACCGUGAUGUGCCUCAACUAUCAGUUUAAUAUUUUAGUGGAGUUGGUUGCUUGACAACGUAGUAAAAAGCCACUGGUUCGAAUCUCAACUACUUCUUAUUUAAUUUGGAAUAUUAAGCGCUAGGUAUGAAGAGGGUAUAUGUUACAUUCAUACUUCUAGUCCAAAGGGCUCUUGUGUGAGGCGGUUUGCUCCUAAGGCCUCAUUUAUCUCGACCAUCAGUUUUAAGCUUUUGGUUGAGUUGAUUUCUUGACAGCUACAUAUUAUUAAUAUAUUGUGUAGGUAAAUUAGGGGAACACUAAUCUAAUAUUGGAAGAUGGAGAUCACAAAUGUGAACGAGUAUGAAGCCAUCGCAAAGCAAAAACUGCCUAAGAUGGUGUAUGACUACUAUGCAUCUGGUGCAGAGGAUCAGUGGACUUUAGCUGAGAACAGAAAUGCUUUCUCCAGGAUCUUGUUUCGCCCUCGUAUUCUGAUUGAUGUAACCAACAUAGACAUUACUACAACUGUCCUUGGAUUCAAAAUCUCUAUGCCUAUCAUGGUUGCCCCUACAGCCAUGCAGAAGAUGGCUCACCCUGAAGGUGAGUAUGCGACAGCCAGGGCAGCAUCAACAGCGGGCACUAUCAUGACGCUGUCAUCAUGGGCUACAUCUAGUGUCGAAGAGGUUGCUUCAACUGGACCUGGCAUCCGAUUCUUUCAGCUCUAUGUGUACAAGAACAGGAAUGUAGUUGCUCAACUCGUACGAAGAGCUGAAAGGGCUGGCUUUAAGGCGAUUGCCCUCACUGUCGACACUCCCAGAUUGGGACGUAGAGAAGCAGAUAUCAAGAACAGGUUUGUUCUACCACCUUAUCUAACAUUGAAGAAUUUCGAGGGUCUUGACCUUGGCAAGAUGGACCAAGCGAAUGACUCUGGUCUUGCCUCAUACGUUGCUGGUCAGAUUGAUCGAUCCCUCAGCUGGAAGGACGUGAAGUGGCUUCAGACCAUCACCAGCCUACCCAUCCUAGUAAAGGGUGUCAUUACUGCUGAAGAUGCAAGACUUGCCGUUCAAAAUGGAGCAGCUGGAAUCAUCGUGUCCAACCAUGGAGCUCGUCAACUCGAUUAUGUUCCCGCUACUAUAAUGGCUCUCGAAGAGGUUGUGAAGGCCGUGCAAGGACGUCUUCCUGUGUUCUUGGAUGGUGGUGUUCGUCGUGGAACUGAUGUCUUCAAGGCAUUGGCAUUGGGUGCUGCUGGUGUAUUCAUUGGAAGGCCCGUAGUGUUUUCCCUUGCAGCAGACGGAGAGGCUGGUGUUCGCAAGGUGCUACAAAUGAUGCGUGAGGAGUUCGAGCUAACCAUGGCACUCAGUGGUUGUCGCUCCAUCAGCGAAAUCACACGCAACCACAUCGUUACAGACUGGGAUGGUCCUCAAACCUCUCGUAUUGCACCCAGAUUAUAAGAAUAUUUUGUGCUAUAAUAAUGGAAGUUGUAUGUGAGCAGCAUAUUCAAACACUAUAAUUUUAAGUUUCUUACUUAAUGUGCCUGUUUUUUCAGUCUAUAACUUUCACUUUUGAGUUGGGACUAUCAAUGGAUGCUUAUGUAUUUUUGAAUGGCUACUCUGUCUUCAUUGUA